AGUCCCGAAAUGCGAAGGGAAACGAUAACGAAUCCGACGAACGACUUCAUUGGGGGAAAGGUGCAGAAAACCCUAGCCUAGCCCUAGGGCUCGAUAUGGCCAUAGGCGAGACGCCGCCGGCGGCGGAGGAGGAAAGGGACUGGUCAGAUAUGACCCCGGCCUGCCUGGCGGAGGCGUUCUCUCGGCUGGGCCUGGAGGACCUGUGGCGCGGCGCCAUGGCGUGCUGCCGCUCGUGGCGGGACGCCGCGACCUCCCGCCCCGCGCUCUUCGCGGCGCUCGACCUCGAGCCGGCCUUCGCGUCCGUCGGCGCCGACGCAGCCGAGUGGUGGACGCCCGCCUUCCAGCGCCGCGUUGACGCCAUGCUCCGCUCCGCCUCCUCGCUCGCCGCGGGGGAGCUCCGGGAGGUCCGCGUCCGGCACUGCUCCGACGACGCACUCGCGUUCGCCGCCGAAAGGUCUCCAAAGCUCAGUAUUCUUUCCAUUAGGAGCAGCCCAAGUGUAAGUGAUCGAUCGAUGCUCAGUAUUGCAUCAUGCUGCCGUAUGCUUACUGAAUUGGACAUUAGCUACUGUCAUGAGGUUUCAUACAAGUCACUAGAGAUGAUUGGCCAGAACUGCCCAAACCUGAUUGUACUCAAACGGAACAUAUUCAAUUGGCUUGAUUCAUCGGAGCAUAUUGGCAUAGUUCCUGAUGAUUAUCUAAGAGAUUGCCCCCAAGAUGGUGACAGAGAAGCCAUUGCAAUUUCUAAGUUCAUGCAAAAUUUGAAGCAUCUUGUAAUUAGGUUCUCAAAGCUGUCUGUCGUUGGCCUCAAUGCAAUCUCAGGAGGAUGCAAGGAAUUGGAGGUUCUUGACUUAUAUGGCUGUGCCAAUUUGACUCUCAGGGGAAUACAACAGGCUACUUCUAACAUGAAAAAUCUGAAGGAACUAGAGAAGCCCAAUUUCUACAUACCCAGAUCCUCCUUCCACAUGGGGAGGUAUGGGCACUGGCAGUUAUACGAUGAAAGGUUCCAGACAAAUGUAUUCCAGAUAUAAAGACAGCCUCAAGUUCAAGGAUCACCUUAGGGGUUUGUUCUCGUUGACCUAUGGCUUAUAUUUAUUAGUAUGAAUGUUGUAUGUGUGUGUUUUCAAGAAUAAUGACAAUAAUACCAUGUAUAGUGCUGCUUUAUUCAUCUUUUCCAUGUAGUGCUUCAGCUAAUACGUGUAAAGUUAUCUACAAUGAUAUUUCAAAGUU